AUGUCGCUCACAUUCACCCCCAUGAGCGAGAUCCCAAAGAUCGUCCAAGGCCUCCGCUCGACGUUUAGUGCCAACCUCACCAAACCCCUAGAGUACCGUAAACAACAACUCCGAGGCCUCUACAACCUCCUCGCCGAGAAUGACGCCGCGAUCCGCGAAGCCGUUUUCAAUGACCUCCACAAAUCUCCCCAGGAGCUCAUGAUCGGCGAAUCCGGUGUCCUCAAACAGGAAUGCAUCGAUGCCAUCAAAAACCUCGACAAAUGGGCUGCCAACCGGUCCGUCAAGACCUCGAUCGUCAACAAGUUCGAUAAUGUUCAUAUCCGUAAGGAUCCCCUGGGCAUGGUGUUGAUCAUCGGUGCCUGGAACUAUCCGCUCAACUUGUUGUUAGCACCGGCGGUCGGCGCAAUUGCGGCGGGUAACACGGUGUUGUUGAAACCCUCAGAGGUGGCACCGCACACAGCCGUGUUGUUGACGAAGCUCUUGCCGAUGUACUUGGAUCAGCGGGCGUAUAGGAUCGUGAACGGCGGACCGGAGGAGACAACGCUGUUGUUGGAGCAUAAGUUCGAUCAUAUCUUCUUUACGGGCAGUGGCCAGGUCGGAAGAGUUAUUAUGAUGGCGGCGGCGAAGCAGCUCACGUCCGUCACACUCGAGCUCGGAGGCAAGAGCCCGACAUUUAUCGCUCGUGAUGUCGACAUUGCGAUCACCGCACGCCGUCUCUGCUGGGGAAAAUUCUUCAACUGUGGUCAAACCUGCAUCGCCCCAGACUACGUGAUCGUCGAACGCGGGAUCGAAGACAAGCUCCUCGAAGCCUGCAAGGCCUCCAUCCAAGAGUUCUACGGCUCCGCCGUUCAGGCCUCAUCCUCUUACGGCCGGAUCGUCAACGCCUCACACGUCCGACGACUCCGCGGCCUCCUCUCCGAGACCAAGGGUCAAAAGAUCGUCCUCGGCGGGGAGAUCGAUGAAGAGGACCGGUUCUUCCCGCCAACGUUCGUGAUGGGGGUGGAGAAGGGCGACAAGUUGAUGGAGGGCGAGAUCUUUGGGCCGAUCCUGCCGAUUAUGGUGGUGGAUCGGUUGGUGGAAGGAGUCAAGUAUGUGAAUUCGAUGGACCAACCCCUGGCGCUGUAUGUGUUCAGCAAGAACAAGAAGGCGAUUGAUUAUAUUCUGGAUCAUACGAGGUCCGGAGGCGUGGUCGUGAAUGAUGCGUUGGUGCACUUUAUUGUAUCGAAUCUGCCCUUUGGUGGAACGGGACCUUCGGGAAUCGGAAAUUAUCACGGAAAGAGGUCGUUUGAUGUGUUCUCACAUGAAAGGAGCGCACUAAUCAAGACCAUGGGUAUGGAGAAGUUACUGGAUCUGAGAUACCCGGUAAGGCAGCCCCUCUUUUUUUUUUUUUUUUUUAAUAUCUUAACGGCAUACACGCAAGUGAGCAAACAUUCUGAUUUUUUAUUAUUAUUAUUAUUAUUUAUUUAUUUUUACGGACGGAAAUAA